AUGUCCAAGAUCUUUGGACAGAGCGAUUCAUCUGACGAAUCCUCGCCUCGCGCAAGUUUAUGCGCCGAUAGGACGCGUGAUGAUGGUGGUGAUGCACCCAAGCAUCACCACGAGCGAAGUACUUUGAGAGAUCAAGCUGUCACUGGUGUCAGUGCUCAGGCUGACACCAGUCAAGAGGCGAGGGACCAAAAUGUCCUGCGCCACGCUCCUCAAGUGUAG